UCAACAAUUAUUCCACAGUCAAAGUCACUUAGAUCAUAUUUCUUCCCCAUUCUGAUAUUUAAUCUGAACAGCAAAUGAACCUCUUGACCAGAUCUGCAUGUCAUAAGUCGGGUGUUGAAUCAGGACCUAACUGCAGGACACAGACACUGGAGUCCCGGAAACAGGACCAGACAGAACCCAAGGACAGGAUGGGAUGCAGUCUAGGCAGGGGAAGCAGGACCAGGACAAGGGACGGGGAACAUAGAGCCUGGGGUGGACUCCAAGCCCAAGACUGGACAAGGAUCCAGAGCCUGGGUGUUGCCUCGGGCUCAGACCCCCAAUCCAGGUAAGAACAUGAUGAGGCUAGGCUAAGGACUUGGGGUCUUGAGGCUUGGGUCAAGGCUAGAGCUAGGGGCAGACUAGGAACUGUACAUCAACGUGGAGCCAGGACUUAUCCUCCAACAAGACAGGACUCAUCUAUAACUCCACACCAAGGUGGGGCAGGACCAUCCAUCAGGUAACAGCAGAACAGCCUGACCUACCCAACAGAGGCAAAGACAAGACACACUCCCCCACAAGCAACAGCAGAACAGCCAGACUUACCCCACAGAGGACAAGGACAGGAAGAGACAAACACCAAGGAACAACAGACAGUUCCACCUGUGCAUCAGGGUAGCUCCAAGUAGCCAUUACAGCCAGCAGCCUUGGCUGGAUACGGAAGCAACCAGAUCCCUACCUCGCUCAGAGUGGCUGACAGACACCCAUCUGGCCCAGCAAACAGCUGAAUCCAUACCACAAUGACCACUCCAACUACUACCAGCAAGGGUCCCAGAAGCCAUGGUUCUCCAACACAGCCCCAAGGAUGGCAAGAGUCCAUUCUAGUCUUCCACCACCCACCUGUGCCAUGAGUAUCUUGACAAGACAACCCCCAACCACACCCAAAAGCAGGGCCACUUAUAUUCCCAGUUCCAAUAUGAGCCUCAGAUGUUUCUGGUUAAGUCCAACCGCCGGAAAACCCGGAGUCCACAGACUUUGGACUGAACCACCACACUGCAUGCUUUUUGCAUUGAGCUGCUGCCACAUGAUUGACUGAUUAGAUAUUUGCAUUAAUGAGCAGUUGUACAGGUGUGCCUAAUAAAGUGAUAAUUGAGUGUACUUCAAGUCAGGAUGGUGUGUGGCUUGGAGGAAGCUGGGUAGAAAUGGAUUUCACGUGUGCCUUCUGCCCAGGCUCCUCUAGGUAGCAGAGACAAUAGGCUGGGGAAUAUAUCUUGCAGUCAAUAAAUUGACAGAUAGGUUAAGAUGUGACAAAUACCUUCUCCUGAUUGGUGAUAACCUACAAGAUUCAUCCAGGCUAGUAGAGAGCUUUCUAUAACACAACUAUACAGCACUUUGUUGAUGAUAGAAUAACAAUAGUGAUUGAGGAAGUUAGUCAACCAGUAAUGGGUACCCAGUUUCCGAUUUGACCCCGUCAUUUCACUAUUUACAUGAGUGGUGUAGCACCAAUGAAUAAUGCUCUAUGGAUUAAUCUGCAUGCACUUCCCCAUUCCUCAGAGUAUUGAUAAUGUUCAAAGUUCAAAGUAAAUUUAUUAUUGAAGUACAUAUUUCACUAUAUACCACCCUGAGACUGUUUUUCUUACAGGCUUUCACAGUAGAGCAAAGAGAUACAAUGCAAAUAAAUGAAAAAUGACACACUUGACACCGUCCAGUACAAGGUAGCCCACCUGAUUAGUACCCCUUCCAAUCCCUCCACCAUCGAAGAACAGUUGCAGCAGUGAGUACUAUCUACAAGAUGACUGCAAUGACACACCAAAGUUCCUAAGGCAGCACCUUCCAGACCCACGACCAUUAUCAUCUAGAAGGACAAAAACAACAGAUACCUGGGAACACCACCACUUGGAAAUCCCCUCCAAGUCACUCACCAUCCUGACUUGGAAACAUAUCACCGUUCCUUCAUUGUCACUGGGCCAAACUCAUGGAAUUCCCUCCCUAACAGCACUGUGGGUGUACCUACACCUCAGGGACUGCAGCGGUUCAGGAAGGCAGCUCAUCACCACCUUCUCAAGGGCAACUAGGAAUGGGCAAUAAAUGCUGGCUUAGCUGCCGGUGCCCACAUCCUGUAAAUGAAUAAAUAAAAAAACAAAGACUGACAAGCAACCUAUGUGUAAAAGAAGACUAUGUGCAAAUACCAAAAAAAAGGACAGAUAGAUAAAUAGGUAAAUAGAUAACACUGAGAACAUGAGUUGUAGACCCCUUGAAAGUGAGUCCAUAGGUUGUGUUCAGUGAUCAGUUCAGUGAUAAGGUGAGUGAAGUUAUCCACUCUGGCUCAGAAGCCAGAUGGUUGAAGGGUAAUAACUGUUCUUGAACCAGAUUGGGUGGGUCCUAAGGCUCCUGUAGCUCCUUCCCGAUGGCAGCAGCAAGAAGAGAGCAUGACCUGGAUGGUGGGGGUCCUUAACAGCCGAGGCUGCUUUCUUGCAACAGCACUCCUUGUAGACGUGGUACUCCUGUGAUGGACUGGGCUGUAUCCACCACUUUUUAAUGGGCUUUUCCGCUCACCAUUCAACAAAAUUUUCAAUCUCCUUCCUAUGUGUCAACUCGUCACCAGCACUGAUUUGGACAAUUAACAGUAGUGUGGUCAGCAAACUUAAAUAUGGUAAUGGAGUUAUACUUCACCGCACAGUCGUAAGUAUAAAAUACGUGGAACACUCGUCUUUGGAAAUGCCCCUAUGCAGAUGGUGACUGGGGAGGAAAUGUUGCCAACCCAUACUGACUAGAGUCUGCAAGUGAGGAAAUCGAUGAACCAGUUGCACAAGGAGGUAUCAAGGCCUCUGUCUUGGAGCUUAUUGAUUAGUCUCAAAAGGAUAAUACUGUUGACUGCUGAGCUGUAGUCAAUGAAGAGCAUCCCAAUGUUUCCACCUUCACUGCCACUGUUCACUAGUGGAGGUUUUAAUGAUAUGAAUGACUUUGAAUAUCAAGGCAGUUGUGGGUAUACAUUGGUGAUAAAGUUUACUCUUGUUCAGAUGAUGCCAUUGUCUUAUGCUUGAAUGUCUCAAUUAUCUUAAUUAGUUAAGGAAUUGUGAAUAGAAUUAAAUAUUUUGUUUUAAAAAGAUCAGUUUGGAGAGAGCUAACGAAGAAACUCCAAUUGUAGUAUUUGGAUGGUAACUUUUCUGGAGGACAGAUUGAUAUUAAUAUUGCAUGAUUCGUAUGCUGAUGCUGCUGGCCCAAGUUUUUUGAUUGGCAGCAGCCCAGAGGCUCAGAACAGAGAUCAGUGUUUUAAGUACAGAAACCGUGCAUUGCUAAUAAUGACUCUGCUGUGAAAAGUAUAAUAUCUUUUAUUGAAAUGUUGUAUGCAACAUACUUUAUUCAUAACAUUCUUUCAGCUCCUCCAUAAUAAUGGUGAAGUUAUUGAGGGACUGUGCAACAUAGCAAAUGAAAAAUUACUGGAUGUGGCUUAUUGAGCCAAUGAAAAUAGCUGGCAUUAACAUUGUAACAAAUAAAUUACUUAUUAAUCUGGAAACAAUCCUUUUCACCAAUCAAGCUCAAAAACAAUAUCCUUUCUACCCAAGUAGAUUAUCAAGAUGAUCUUUGAAUUACUAAAAUGCAGAUGAUAAUAAUAUUGUUUAGAAAUUGCAUUACAUGUUACAAUAUCUUUGUAAAAAAUUUGGAUAUAGUAUAGAAUUGUGCAAAAUUCACAUUUUUGACCAUAAGACAUAGGAGCAGGAUUAAGCCGUUCAGCCUAUUGAGUCUGUUUUUGUUCCAAUUCUUUUAUGUGACUGACAGAUGAAUGCAUUCCUGGGUAUGCUCAGUGCAUCCAGUAUGAAAUUCAUCUAUAUGUAGUUCAAAUCACAAAAUUGGGUUUUCACUGUUCCCAUGCAAACUUCUUUAGCUUGCCUUUCAGUUCUCUGACCAAUGCUGGGGUUAUAACUCAGCUAGACCUCAAUUAUGGUACUUGCUCCUCUUUGGACUACUAUCUUCAUCCUUAUAACAGUCACCAAGAUCAAAGCCUCAUUCCAAUCUGCUGACCCAGUGCUCUCCCAGCAGCCUCAUCCGACAAUACCCCAACCACUUACAGGAAAUACUAACCAUCAACACUUGAUCCCAUUUCUGAUCAUAACCACCAUUCAUAGCCUCUAAACCACCAAUCUCAUACACUGACAAGCAAUCCUAGCUGCAUGUUCCAAAUGUCAACCUCAGUGCCUAACCUUUAAUCCAGGAUGUCAUCCAUCACUCUGAUCCCUCUACCAACUGAUAAACCCUGAGACCCUGUUGUCUGGUCUACAUCUCCACUUUCUUACUUUCUCCAACUACAACAGUCCAGGUCCAACCCAGGCAUUGGGCCUCUUGUGACACUGUAAAUGUCAUACCCACAAACAAUGUCCACCAGGAGCUGAGGAAGUCACCUCCACAAAUGACGGCCAACUUCUAAGCACGUCAAUUGUAGAAAAGGGACUUUUUGAUACACUUUUUAUCUGGAGAUAAUGGGUUGGAGGUUACUUCACAAAUACUAGUGGCUUCAAGUAAUGUUGCAUGUCCCCACUUUUGGUAAAAAUCACAUAAAGGUCAAGGUCUUCAUUAAAAUGUUCACAGAAAUGAAUAACAAUGUACAUAAAAUGCUGGAGGGACUCAGCAAGCCAGGCUGCAUCUGAAUGCUGCAAAUGGUUGCUGAGUCCCACUGAAGGGCUUCAGCUUAAAAUAUCGACUGUACUUUUUUUCCAUAGAUGCUGCCUGGCCUACUGUGUUCCUCCAGCAUUUUGUGUGUGUUGCUUUGGAUUUCCAGUAUUUGCGGACUUUCUUGUGUUUGCCGCAGAAAUUAAUGUCAGGUUUCAUUGGGUCGUUUUCAAUAUGAAAUUGCCCAGUGGGCCAUUCCAAGAUCCGGCAGCUGCUGACAUGAAAUCAGGGUUUGAUUAAAGGGUUUGAUCUUCAUAGACAGCCUAAAAAGGAUAAGUAAUAAAGCAAACAACACUCUUCCUGUGACAGAAACAUGGUGGGCCCCUGGACUCAUAUCACGUGAAACACCCUGAUUUCCUUGGCUGUGUAAGUCUAGGGAAGACAACCUCCAACCUUGCCAAACUUGUGAGAUUGAAACGUGCUCAACCCACCCCAAACCCCAGUUUGUGUGGAUGAUGUGUCAUUUUCUCCUGUUACAAAUUAAUGCCACCAAAUAACAGACAGUAUAUUGCAUAUGAUUAAAGGAAUUAUAACCUUAACUAAAGGGUUAGCAAAGGAUAACAAAAAGAAAAGAGCCCUUUUCAAUUGAACAGUUGAAUGUGCACAAGUUGGAGCUCAUCUUGAACUUCUCUGUCACUCAUGCUCUGGGCCCUCUGUCAACGUGAAAACACACACCACCUUCCAAACGUCGCUCAAAUCGCGAACAAACGGGUCUCCCACCGGAUCGUAUGCUAUGGGCGGUUCUCCGCAGUAUCUUCUGUCUUCACCUCCUCUCAAACAAUAGCUCUAAGCCCAACCAUAGUGUCCCUCACCAAUGAAACCUCUCCUUAAUCCGACCAUCCUAACUGGAUGGGGCACAUUUCUCAUCAUCUCAUCUACAAAAGUAACUCAAACAGCAUGAAAACAUAACAGACUGCUCUCACAGAAAUGCCAAAAUGAAAUACAUACAGCACAACAGCAAAAAUAUGAACCAGGGCAUCACACAUGUGAUUGUGAUCUUGAAUGUGCUUACUGUGUAUAACUGUUGGCACUGCGUUUUGCACCUUGACCCUGUAGUAUAGCUGUCUCGUUUGCCUGUAUUCAUGUAUGGUUAAAUUACAAUUAAACUUGAAUUGAUACCAAUUGACUGGAUACUCCAAUGAUGGGACACGGACUGGAAUGCUGCCAUGGAACAAUGGAAGUUGAACAGGUUGGUAAAGAACCUGAGGCCUGUUUUUGAGUGCAUGGUAGCUAUGGAGAUGUCCAGUCAGGCAUCCCUUACAGUACAUUGACAGGAAGUCUCUAUUAAACACAACAAAUGCCAUGCCUAAUCUCCUGCUCCAACGAACUGCUAUAUCCGAAGCUGUAGGAGGCCCCCCUCUCAUAACAAUGACAAAGAAUGACAAAUUAUUGGUGCUUUUAUAAUCUGAGGCAUGUUACAAGGUUGUAUGAAACCUAAGGGUAUAUGAAACCAUUUUAUUAAUUUAGCCACAGAGCAACUAGACUCGUUAAAAAUCUCACCAUCGAAAUGAGUUCUGUGUGUCGCGAUGCUUUUGAGAUCUAAUUAGAGAGCUUGACUUUAGAAUUUGCUCUAAGUCAGUGAUUGUCAACCAUUUUUAUGCCAUGAACCCUCACCUUUAACCAAAGUGUCCAUGAAGCCCAGGUCGGGAACCCUUGCUGUACCCGUAUUAGGUUGAUUUUAACAUCAACAUUUUACUUUGAAGUUGUGCAAAUACCUAUGCCAAUAUACAUUAAUGGCUUGCAGAGCGUAUUUUUGAUACAGAAUGCAGUAAUAGCAAGAUGGCUUCUGCGUCUCUUGUGGUUCCAAUGCAUCUUCUGCUAUAUGAAAAACAAUACCAAUCCUGCCAUAUUGACUGAGAAAUGGUUCAGAGGGUCUUUUUUUGACUCCUUUUAAAAGUUUCAGUUGCUUCUAGUUUGUUUGAGAAUCAUGAGGUCAGAUUGUUAGCAUGAAGUACAACUCGGCAGUUAGAAUGUCAUUGUACUAUGAGUGAUGUGACACGUGCACACUGGAAAGAUGCAGAGUAGGAAGUCCUUGUGCAAUUCUAGUUUGAUAGCAGUAGUUGUAUUAAUUUAAUUAACUUAAUAUGUUAGCCAUGCAUUGAAUCCUGACAGAAGGAAAUCAAACACGCCAUCCUCACAUACCCCUCCCUAUUUAACUGAUUUUGGCAAUUUAAUUUAAUACUAAAUGUCCUGACUAUUUGUUGGGUUUUAUUUGAAGUUGACCAACUCCAAGAGAGGUGUAUAGCUUAAGUACUUAAGAGAAGUAUGUCUGACAAGGUGGGCAAGCAAACAAUUGUUAGAGAAGAGCAAGUGCCAACUAAAUCUGGAGUUUUAAGCCUUCAUAGCAUUCUAGGUAACAACAGGUGAAUCAGAAUCAGAACCACAUUUAAUAUCACUGCUAUAUGUUGUGAAGUGUGUUGGCUUUGCAGCAGCAAUGCAAUGCAAUGCAUAACAGAGAAAGAAAUGAGAAUUACAGUAAGUAUAUAUAGAUUAAAUAGUUAAAUUAUAUAAGCUAUGUAAAAAUAAAAAUAGAAAUAAGAAAGUAGUGAGGUAGUGUUCAAGGGUUCAAUGCCCAUUCUGAAAUCAGAUGGCAGAGGGGAAGAUGCUAUUUCUGAAUUAUUGAAUUCCGGCUCUUGUACCUCCUUCCUGAUGGUCAUAAUGAGAAGAGCGCAUGUCCUGGGUGAUGGGGUCCUUAAUGAUGGAUACCACUUCACUCCUUGAAGAUGUCCUGGAUUGUACAGAGGCCAGUGCCCACGAUGGAGUAGUCUAAGUUUAGAACUCUCUGCAGCUCUCUCUCCAUAAGAUGGGUCAGUUGACCUUCUAUCUGGCUUAACUUUCAAUAAUUCACAGAAUUAGAAAAAUCACUGAUGAUCUUUGCUCAAAAAUAGGAAUUCUUUUCUACUGCAGAGAACAUCUCAAAAAACAGCAUAUGAACUUUUGUGAAAGAGUUGUGAACUUUCAGGGAAGUGCAAAAGCUUCUCAUGCAGGGCUUCUAUGGUGAACUAUGUGCCUGUCUGGACACGCCCCCUUCUGUCUGCUCCUGUGGCUCCUCCCACAGGCCCCUGUAUAAAGGCGAUCGAGGUCUGAUCCUCUGCCUCAUUCUCCAGGAUGUAGUUCCUUCUGGUUCCUUCCGCUGGUUCCUUCGUCAGUCAAUAAAAGCCGAUAUCUCGCCUUACGUCUCAGAGUGAGUUAUUGAUGGUGCAUCAAUUUUAUUGACUGAAAGUUUUAAAACAUGGAAACCGUUUUACGUCCGGAAAAGUUGGAUUUGGACCCUCAAGACCCUGAAGCAGCUCUUGCUUUUGAACACUGGCUUGCAUGCUUCCAAUCAUACUUGUCGGAGCUUCGUGCGACUGACCCUGCUGUUAUGUACAGAAUUCUACUCUCGAGGGUCACCCCAAAAGUUUAUUCCAUUAUCUGGGACCUGCCGACCUACGAAGGGGCACUGGACACCCUCAAAAGACAGUACCUGCGACCGGUGAACACCAUCUAUGCAAGACAUUGUUUAGCUACCCGGCGACAGCGGCCUGGAGAAUCAAGCGCCGAGUUUCUCCGAGCACUACAGACACUCGUCCGAGCUUGUGACUGCAAGACGCUCACGGCGGAACAACAUGCAGAGCUGCUAGUAAGAGAUGCCUUUGUGACCGAACUGACGUCAGUGUACAUGCGCCAGCAACUGCUGGAACACUCCGAUCUUACCUUACGCUCGGCGAUCGAGAUGGAAGCUGCUCUGCACUACGCCGACGCUGUCCAUUCGCGCAAUUCCCCGCCGGUUCCGUGGACGCCUCAGACCCCACCACCGCCAGCUCCCGCAAGCGAAGUCGCCGCUGCCAGUCGCGAUUCCACAAGCUCCCCGAACCCGACCACGGCGGUGGCCCGUCAGAAGCCUGUGCUUUGUUAUUUCUGUGACCUCAAAAAGCACCCCCAAAAAUGCUGUCCAGCGCGAGAAGCGACCUGCUCCAGCUGCAGAAAGCGGGGCCAUUUCGCCAAGGAAGUCUGUCACUGGGACCGCUCUACCAGUUUGGCUGAUGUCCCCGGGGCCAGUGCUGCUCCGGAAACAUGUGAGGAGCAAUAAAUACUCCCCGCUGGUCGAGAGGGUUCACCUUCUGCAUGCGAACCCCCAGUAUGCCUACGUGGUCUUACCUGAUGGGCGGGAGGACACGGUCUCUGUCUGUGACCUGGUGCCCGCAGGUGCAGCAGACCACUACCCUGAACACUCUCCGGUAACUAUGAACCCUGUACCCGAGGUGACACCGUGCUCACCAGGCCCUACAUGGACUCCUCAUGACACUUAUAUACCAGGUGCCUCGCACAUGCAUGAGCUGGAACCAGCACAACCUCCAUCUCCUGUGCAAUCACCAAUGUUGCCGGCAUCGGUGCAAUCACAGCCGGUGCUACGUAGGUCACAGCAACAGAUUUGACCACCUGCUAGACUUGACCUGUAAGAAACUUCGCCACAUGAGGACUCUUUUAAACAAAGGGGGGGUGAAUGUGGUGAACUAUAUGCCUGUCUGGACACGCCCCCUUCUGACUGCUCCUGUGGCUCCUCCCACAGGCCCUGUAUAAAGGCAAUCGAGGUCUGAUCCUCUGCCUCAUUCUCCAGGAUGUAGUAUGACGGUCACUCACUGCUGGUUCCUUCUUCAGUCAAUAAAAGCCGAUAUCUUGCCUUACGUCUCAGAGUGAGUUAUUGAUGGUGCAUCAGCUUCACACUUACCUUCACCAUACAAUCAUCCUUUUAUACUACAAGGGCUAUCAGUCCUUGGAAGUACAUCUUAAUUCAAAACCAUGAGAUUGUGGAGUGUGUGCAACACUUACAUUCAUGGACAAUCUCCUGAGGAAUUCACCAUGAAGCCUGUACCAAGGCAGGGAUCUGAAAUCACAGCCUGCCCUCAAACCACCAGCUUUGAUCUUCAAUUAUUAACACUUCAUGCUGUGAGGUAGCUGCCU